AUGUAUUCCUUAGUGUUUUUCAGUUUUUCUAUAUUCCCAGUUGUCACAUCAAUAGUCAGCCCUGUAAGUGAAUAUGUUCAUGUUCCUGGUAAAUUCAUCGCCCCUAUUCCAUCUCACUCCAUAAAAGUAGAAAAAGAUGUCAGUCUGGAAAUGUGCGCGGCCAAGUGUACGAUCUACUUUCGGACGCGGCAGUUUCCCUGUUAUGCGUUUGAGUACACAACCGGAAGUAAAAUGUGUGUUUAUACAAAUAUGACGACAUUACUUGUUCAAGAUGGUUACCUUGGUCUCCAUGACAACAUAAGGGUAGACUUCUACGAGAGAUCAAAAGCAUCUUACAAAAAUCUGUUUCGUAAGAUCCCAAAUUCUGCCCUGAGUAAACAGAGCAGUUACUAUCACAUCAAACAGAAUUCCAGCCUGGAUGAGUGCUCCUUUCAUUGCGUAAUAAGCCACACCCAUAGCUGCAUGUCUUUCUCCUUUAGCCACGCCUCCGGCACGUGCGGUCUUAGUAACAUGUUGUAUACCAGUCAAUCAAAUGACACAGGACUGAUACACACACAUUUACUUUACUGUAUAUCAUGGCCAUGUAACGCCACUUUGGCUUCAAACUACGCCCCUCAUGCUAUUGCUUCUCUGAAGUACCCGUAUAUGGCCAUGUUGGAUUUGGACUGUCAUGUGACCAUUCAGGCGCCUCAAAACAACAGAAUAACCUUGACAUUUCCCACUGUUUACUUCAAAUCAAACGUUUGCAACGAACUGGAAGCCGGAAUAAUGAUACACGAUGGAAAUGAUGAAAGCUCUCCAUUAAUUGCGAGGAUCUGCGCUGUGGCAAGUCGACUUUAUGCUGUGAACUCAUCGUCAAGCAGUUUGUAUGUCAGAUUUAGAGCAACCCAUACGGCCAUGGCAUUUCAAGGAAUCUACGAAUUCAGUGAAAUUGAACCUGAGAGAGACCCUUGUGAGAACAAUCGCUGUGGAAAUGGAGGGACCUGUCAACCAUUAGGACUCAACUAUAAGUGCACAUGCGUUCCUGGAUUCACGGGAAUAUUUUGUGAAACCAAUAUUGACGAUUGUUCCAGUAGUCCAUGUUAUUUUGGGGGCACAUGUGUGGACCGGGUCAAUGACUAUUCCUGCGAGUGUUUGGGUAACUUUACUGGAAAGCGAUGCGAGAGAUAUUUGGGAAUGUGCGCAAACAGUCCGUGUAAACACGGUACCUGCUACACCACCGGGAGAGAUACCUAUGGAUGUCAGUGUGAAGAAAGCUACGUCGGCAAAAACUGUGACGUCAGGUUCCAUCCGUGCCUAAUGAGACCAUGCAGACACGGGUCGUGUGUUGAUUCCGGUAAUAAUUAUCGCUGUAUAUGUGAAGCUGGCUACACAGGGAAAUACUGUGAAAUUCAGGUCAAUAACCCUUGCAACCCAAAUCCAUGUGUUCGAGGAGAUUGUAUGAUAUAUGCUCCCAACCAUACGUACUCAUGUGUUUGCCAGUCGGGCUUCACAGGAAAUUUAUGUAAUUACGUUAUCAACCAUUGUGAGGGAGUUGAUUGUGGGUAUGGACACUGCGUCUCAGACCAAACCGGAUAUAGGUGUCUCUGUGACAACUUAUACGAAGGAAUCAAUUGUAGAACUCCUCGACUCUGCCGGGGAUUAGAUUGCGGAAACGGAACUUGCGUCAUGAAUUUGACGUCAUCACCUAAUGUCUACUGCAGGUGCAAUCCAGGAUUCGAAGGGAAAAGGUGUAAUGUUAAAAUCAACUUUUGCAGAAAUUCCCCCUGUGUCAAUGGCAGGUGUGAAAACAAAGAUGGUGGUCAUAUCUGUAUCUGCAAUAAUGGAUUUACAGGAGCCUCUUGUUCAGAAGAGAUAAACCCGUGCAGGGAAGCGGACUGUGGGUACGGGAUUUGUCAGGCUACUGCUAACUUUACCCACCACUGUAUCUGUGCUCGGGGGUUCGCCGGUCUACAGUGUAGACAGGCUACAACUUCAACAGCUGAUGUUUCUCCAAACCCAUGUCUGAAUCAAACGUGUCAAAAUGGCGGUGUGUGCAAGCCCACUAAGUCUGGUCUGUAUGUCUGUCUGUGUAGACAGUAUAACGGAGUCUUCUACACAGGGAAACACUGUGAGCUGUCCUAUACGUAUUGUGAUUCCAAUCCAUGUAAAGUUGGACAAUGUGUUUCACAGGACGGCUCUUACAGAUGUGUUCUACAAGGAAGCAGUAACACUACAGCUUCUCCAGAAUAUUUAACAGGUACAUUAUUUCAUUUCAAUUUAAAAUUCAUUAAAUUAUAAUAUUUUAAUAUUUUUAUAAUUUUUUUGAUGCUUUUUCAAAAUAAUAUAUUAUAUAAUUUCAAGAAUUUAU